AUGGCUAAAGACGAUAACAGAAGCGCAGCAGGUCUUAGACGCUCAGCUAUUGCUGAAAGAUUACGUCUUCGAGAAGAAUGGUCAGCGUUAAAGGAGAUUGACAAUACGAUAAAUCAAGUUCCAAUACAAAGAAACAUUACCAAGAAGCAGCAUGGAAAUUUAGUUAUUCGGUUUCCUAAAACGGGACUAAAUAGUAGAAGUGCAUCAAAAAAACACACUCCGAGACAUGAUCGAGCAAGCAAUAAGACGAGUGAAAUACUCCGAGGAUUGGUCGUACAUGUGGAUAUUGGUUCGGAAUCUAAAGCAUUAGCCUUAAGAGCAGCCCUAAUGGCUUUAGGAGCUUCUGUGGUGCCACAGUGGAGUAAUCUCGUCACACAUUUAGUUUGGUCCGAAGGUGGUUCCCGAGAUGUCAGGUCUAAAGCUCGUUUAUUAGCUUGUAAGCUAGUUUCUCCGUUGUGGGUUGAAGCUUGUGCAGCUGCUAAUAGGCGAUUACCAGAAGGACUAUUCCCCGCUGCAAGUAGACCAUCAGAUCUUCCUUCACCGAAUAGUCUUAAACGGAUGCUGAAAAGAUUUGAACUGGAAAAUAUAACGCUGGGACAGUUAUCAGAUUCUGCAAGUAGUGAUAAUAAUGGACGUCUCAGAAUAUCAAGCGACAGUGACACUAACAACAAGUCUGAAGAUAGAUCUAAAGAUAAAACUGAAGAUUCAUCCUCUAGGAGUCCCGAUGUAGCUGUCCGUGUAAACACAGCUCCCCGUAGAGUCCUGCCUCUAUCACCACAGAACCCAACGCUACAUACAAGAUGCAAGAGGAAGUUGUUCACACACAAGGAGGCAGACACACAGACAGGAUCUGAUACUGAUAUAGAGCAAACACCGAUCAAACAGAAAACUCCAAAAAAACCACAAGCAAGGAGGCAGAUAGACAAACAGCUUUUGAGAAAAAUAAUUGGAACAGAAAAUAUACUGUAUGGAAGAAAAGAAAAAGAUAACGUAGAUAAAAGAUUGAGAUUUGUGUUAACCGGUAUGUCAAGACAGGAACGGCAAGAAGUUGUCACAAUCAUCAAAAAAUUCAACGAUGUGAUGUUAAUGUUUCCUUUCCUCGACCAAAAUUCACAAGAAUGUGAUAAUAAAGUUAAAAUUGAUAAGCCGAGGACAAUCAACACACUGCUGGGUGCAGUGAGAGGUUGUAGAGUGUUGUACUCAAAGUGGGUGUUUGAUAGUAUGAAAGAAAACAGAUGGAUACAUCACUUUGGAUAUGAAGUUAAACAUUUGAAGAAAAUAUAUGAGAAAGCAAGAGCGGAGCGAUCGGCACUACAGAAAAAUAAAUCGGAAUACGCUUACAAUGUUUUCAACGGAAUUAAAAUACGCAUCACAAAUAACGCACAACACAAGGACGCCAUUACACAACUUGUGACACUUUGUGGCGCGAAAAUAGUGAAUGGCGGGGAAUGUGACAUAACGAUAGGAAUAAACAAUGGAGAAAUAUGUUCUAAAUGGAUAUUUGAUAGCAUCGCGGCCGCGAGACUUAGAACGACUAGGCUGAACGACCGGCCGUGUAACGGGACCCGCGCGCCUCGGAUGCUGAAUGUAGCGGUCUCCGAAGGCCGGGCCCGUUUGGAUAGGCCGGGACUGGUGCAAUAUCGCUCCGAACCGAAUAUAGCGCCAGUCACCGCCCAGCCACCCGGGCCUCUUGGACAAAGCGCCGCACCCAGUGACUUCUUAUUGUGA